UAAUAAAACUAGGAGAUGAAAGAAAGCAAAAAGAAGGUGGCCAUGUCCCAUAUCGUGAUAGCAAAUUAUCAAGGCUACUACAGGAUUCUCUUGGAGGAAACAGCAAAACUGUUAUGAUAGCAUGUGUCAGUCCAGCUGACACCAAUGCUGAAGAGACAUUGAACACUCUGAAGUAUGCUAACCGUGCUCGCAAUAUUCAGAACAAGGCAGUUAUCAAUCGUGACCCAGUGGGAGCUCAGAUGCAGAGAAUGCGAAGUCAAAUUGAGCAAUUGCAGUCUGAGCUUCUAUUUUACAGAGGUGAUGCUGGUGGGGCAUUCGAGGAACUUCAGAUUCUUAAACACAAAAUAUCCUUACUAGAAGCAAGCAAUGCAGAGCUACAGCGGGAGCUUAAAGAACGUCGAGUAACUUGUGAGAGUUUAUCACAACGUGCUUGUGAUGCUCAGGUUGAAAAGGACCAACUGAUCAUGAAAAUCGAAUCAAUUCGAAAUGGUAAAUCUUGGGAUGAAAUUGAAUCAAAUUCAAAUCAGGAUUAUGACCUGGUUAAAUCUUAUGUGUCAAAGAUCCAAGAGAUGGAAGGUGAAUUGCAGCGUUUGAAAAAUUCAAAUGCGAAAUCUAGACAUUUUGUUGACUGGGUUGAUUCGGAUGAUAGCGGAUUCCAGUCAAAGAAUGCUUUAUUUGCAUGUGAUAAUGAGUACUCUUCUGAUUGUGAUGCCAAAGUGGACAUAACAGAUGAGGAAGAUCAUGCAAAGGAGAUAGAACACUCUUCUCUUCAAGAAAAGUUGGGUAGGGAGCUCAAAGAAUUGGAUAAGAAACUUGAACAAAAAGAGGCUGAUUUGAAGAAGUAUAGUCAUGAGCAAGAGUUUGAAAAAAAAAUUCUUGAGUUAGAACAAGAGAAGAAAUUUUUGCAGAAAGAAAUUGAGGAACUUAGGUACAAUCUUGCAAAUAUUUCAUCCACCUCUGAUGAUGGUGCUCAAAAGUUAAAGGCGGAAUAUCUUCAGAAGUUAAAUGCUCUUGAGGCACAGGUCUCUGAGUUGAAGAAGAAACAAGAAGCUCAGGCUCAUCUGUUGAAACAAAAACAGAAAAGUGAUGAGGCUGCAAAACGACUUCAGGAUGAAAUCCACAGAAUUAAAUCUCAAAAGGUUCAAUUGCAACAUAAGAUUAAGCAGGAAUCAGAACAAUUUAGGCUAUGGAAAGCUUCGCGUGAGAAGGAAGUUCUCCAGCUUAAAAAAGAAGGAAGGAGGAAUGAAUAUGAGAUGCAUAAGCUGUUAGCGUUGAAUCAGAGGCAAAAGAUGGUAUUGCAAAGGAAGACAGAAGAAGCUUCCUUAGCCACAAAAAGGCUAAAAGAACUUUUGGAAUCUCGAAAGACUUCACGCGAAACUACAGGUGGGAAUGGUCCAGGAAUUCAGGCUUUGAUGCAGGCAAUUGAGCAUGAGCUUGAAGUCACAGUCCGAGUGCACGAAGUACGCUCAGCACAUGAGCGUCAAACAGAAGAGUAUGUUCUACUUUUUACAUUUAUAGUGUGUUUAGGAAAGCUUUUUUCCCAAAAUUUUAGCUGUUUUUAUAAUAAAAAAGCUGUUUAUGAUUUAAGCUACAUGUUUGAGAAAGAUGCUGAAAUUAAAAAAAAAAAGCCGUUUUUCAACAUCUUAAACUUUGAGCUGUUUGAUUAUUCUUCAACUGCUUAUUUCUCUUUUAUCAUUGAGCUUAAUUAA